AUGCAAGACAUGUCACAAGUUACUAUCAGGAUACCAGAUCAAGGCAAAGGGGACCUCGUAGGAAUCUUACAACGUGCGAACCCGGCCGAGUCGAUGAAGGGGCAGAAGCUCGCUUUGGUGAGUUGCUGCAUUCCGAGGUGGGGUACGAGUCCAUGGAUGGCUAGGAUUGUGAUAGCUGAUGCUGGUCAUUACUUGAUUGCUAUCCUCGUUGGGCUAAUCGUUACUUACCUGAAAUGUACGACACGAUGCUCGCUACAUAAAAAUUACGAUUCGUUCGGCGACGUGUAGAUCCUUCAUGGCGUCAUGGCUCAUAAAGACCAGGUUCGUCAGGGACGCCUUCUGACCCUCCAGGUUCAUCUUAAUCUACUUGGUCCAACACCCUGAUCUUGCCUAUCGAUUAGGUGUACCACAAACUCUUGGCUGAUCGCUUAGCCUCCGAACGAGGGCUCGAUUCCUUCCGCUAUGAUCUUCGGGGUAGGUCCAGCUCACGGCAUACCCUUUGGUCUUUCGAAUCGACUAGAUACUGAAAAAAAUCGUGCUUCUUUGAACAGCUCAAGGAGGCGAAUCAGAAGGGCGGUGGGGCAUGGCCAACUUUGGCGACGAUGCCGAUGAUUUGGCCGUUGUGAUCGCUUACUUGGAGACGGAAUACGGGUACCGGAUUCAUUUGAGUGAGCUACAGAUUGCUCGAUUUGAGGAUAAAGGGAUACUGUACUGAGAUGAGCCAUUAUCCUGUAGUCGCCGCGCAUUCUCGAGGUACGCUCCCUCCGAAGACGCCCCUAUGGAAAAAUCUUCGCCGCCUAACCCUCUCCUCCUUCCCAACCCACCGCACAGGUUCCAUGCUCUCCGCUUACUACCUCUCCACACGACCGCAUCCUCCCAUCCCUCUCUGGAUCAACAUCUCUGGACGCUACGAUAUGAGUCGAAUCAUGGUCGAUAAGCGGUACGGGGAAGAGUUUUGGGAAAAGGGGGAACAUUUGUGGAAGGUUCGGGUAAGAGGAAAGAAUGUUGUGCAGAGGGUGACGAGGGAGGAUGUGAGUGAUAGUGUUACGAAGUUCGAGGUAGCAGGGGUCAUGGUGGCUCUAUUGAGGCUGACACUUUGGGGGCCUUUUCGAAUAGGUGAUUGCUUUCGCCUCGUGGGACAAUUCGUACCUCCAAGCCUCGUUCCCACAAGACGUGCACGUACUCACCGUUCAUGGGACCGCGGAUCCUGUACGAUUGUCAACUUCUCCCUCCGGUGGCGAGUCACAGAUUCUCCCCAGAGUGCUGACGAAAUAAUUUAUUCCGGGUGGAUUAGGUCGUCCCGGUUCAAGACGCGUAUUCGUACCAUAAGAUCUUGUCACAACGCUCUCCGGGGACACAUACAUUAUCCAUCGUUGAAGGUGUGCAACAUAUCCCAUUUCUCAACUUCAGCUCGCUCGUUCUCACAAGACGAUCCUGACGAACGCAUAAAUUUUGUCCAGGCGAGACUCAUAACUAUACCAAGCCUUUCCGAGAACCGGUGAAUUCGAUCAUGAGUUGGUUGGAGAAGGUUGAUGGGAAAGGGAUACCAUCGACUUCGGGUGAACCAGGGAAGGCUAGACUAUAA